CUUUACGAGUUCCCUUCCACGUCUUUUGUAAGAUCUGCCUUGAGACAUGCGUGAUUAAAGCUGUGUUUCCACUGCCCGGACGUUCCCCAGGAUCCAGGAACCCGUGAUGAAACGCUGGCUGAGUUCCAAGCCGCCUCCUUCACGGGCUGCGUCGACCUGCCAAGGCCGAACCGAAUGUUAUGCCGAAUUCUGCUUGUCUGUAGAGGAUAGUCAUAACAUCAAGGGUAUUUUGAGAGCGAGAGAAUGGAAUUGUCGUCCCGGGUUCGUUACAUUUUGCCACAUUCUUCGUCUAUCGGCUCCGUUGUUUCAACUGUUUCCAUCAGAGUUGAGUUGUUUGUCUGUUUCAGAGUUUCCGAUGUUUACCCUGAGCAGCAGUGACAUUGUUCUCUCUCUCUAUCUGUGCUGUGUUUCUUUUGUCCCCUUCUUUUCCGUCUCUCUAGUGACGCCCAAGACGAGUGAGAGAGGGAACUAAACAAAAGGAAGCAGCAGAAAGGACCAGACAAGACUCUCCGGAUGAUGCGUGUGACUGAGCCGAGGCGCCAAAUCCAUUCAAUGAACCCUUUUUUUUUUUUACUUAUUAGCUCUUUGUUUCUAUCGGAGCAUUUAGCUCCUCCUCCUGCUGCCAGCCCCUCAUCGGGACCCCUGGAGGUCUCGCAGGGAGCCGGUGCCUGAUUGACCAGCAGGCUGUAUCCUUGCAACUGAAAUCCCAGCUGACGCGGAUAAGACAUUCUCUUGGUUGAGUUGUGAAUUUUGCUCCAUCGAACAGGCUCCCCACUCAACCUCAACCCCCUCAUCCUCAACUUUUGUGGUCACCAAUCUCCUUGAAGGCUGGAAACACCAUGUCUCAUCCCCAUUAUAACCCCUUUGCCUCUGGUAAUCAACGUUCCAACCAGGGGCAAUAUAGAGCCUCGAGUGUGCAACCGGACAGAGACCUCCGAAGGGACAUUCCCGGUUAUGGACCAGGGUCCAGUUUCAAUCCUCCUCCAGCUUCUUCUGCAACUCCUGCCAACCAUGGGGGAAAUAUCCCAUCACUGCUGGACCUGCCAGUGAUCUCCAGGCCUGAACCUGGUCGGGCCAGAGUGAACAAGGUUAUAGAGCGGUCGGUGGAAUUGCAUGUUAGCAGAGCCAGAGAGGAGGUGAGGGGUCUUGACAGACCGGCCCAGCCCAUUGGCCAGAGCACUCGCUUCACCCACACUCAGAGUGAUGAGAUUCUCUCUUCAGGCACAGGGACGACUUCCUAUCCGAUGUCCUCAACCUCUGCCUCUGUUGGACGCAGACAUGUUGAAGUUGAAGGUGGCAGUAGCUCCUUGGACUGGUUGCCAAAAUACAAAAGGUCAACUGCUGAUGAUUCCACUAAAUCAUAUUCAUUACCUGCUUCAUCUAGCUACACCAGCGGUGGUGACGUUGGUCGGUUUAAAACAUCCAGUGACAGAGAACGUGAUGGACAGUCUGCAGGUGAUUAUGUGUAUCCUGCACCGGACAAACCAGCAGCCCCUACUGAGACAGGUUCCCACAAGCACAGCUCGGAAUCUGCUGCAAACAUUCUUCUGAAUUUUGGUCUUGAGAAGGAGGAUUUGGAAUUUCUCAUUUCUUAUCCUGAGGAGCAGAUCACCCCUGAUAACCUGCCAUUCCUUUUGCGUCAAAUCCGCACUCAGAAGGCCAAUAGAGCUAUGACUGCAGUAGAGUCAAAACCCUUUCCUCAACCCAGCAGAGUUAUGAGUGAAAGGGACAAUUUGAGUAGUUCUGGAGGGUCAUCAGCUGUUCUCCAGCCCAGCAAUGUGAUUGAAUAUGGACAUACUAGCAAAUAUGUUGGAGGGGUGUUGGAUGACAUUGGAAGGACCAGUGGCAGAGGUGCUAGCAGUGGUGGGAGUGACAUUGGUUUGUUUUUGAACGAGCAACGCAGCAGCAGCGACAGUCGAGAACAAUUGAAAACAGAAACAGAGAUGAGAAGAAUUCCUGCGGUUCUUACACGCGUCGAGAGUAGCUCUGUUCCCCCCGACCGCUCUUCGUACACUUCAGCACUGAGGUCUGUAGCUCCUGUAAGUCGUGAUCCAGUGCAACAGUUUCAGACCCAACCAGACCAGACUUCCAAACCAAUCUUCAACUCGUUCUCAAUUCCGAAGAAAGACGCCAACAAAAAAGUCUUCACCUCUGAAGCCUGGAAUCCCUCUCCUUUGAAAGCACCAGAGACAAAACCCCAGUUAACGUUGAAAAGCCAACAAUCCUCGAAUGUUUUGGACAAUGUGUAUCCAGGCCGACGUGGUCUUGUGGUCAUUGACAAGAUUUAUAGCAGUGCUGCUAAAGAUGAGAGUGCAACUCGAGGACAAGAUUCAGGGUUUUCUGAGGCGCCAAAACAGCAGCCGCAAAUGCAGCAUUUGCAAAAGCAGCAGGAGCAGAAGCAUCCGACACAAAUGCAGCAUUUGCAGAAGCAGCAGGAGCAGCUGGCUCAAAUGCAACAUGUGCAGAAGCAACAGAAGCAACCGGCUCAGAUGCAACAUGUGCAGAAGCAACAGGAGCAGCCAACGCAGAAGCAGCCGGCCCAGAAGCAGCCGGCACAAAUGCAGCCAGCGCAGACAGAGAAGGCACAAACACAGCAGCUGCAGAAACAACCAGUACAUUAUAUUGGGUUGCCGAUAGUUUACCCCACUGUGAAACCUUCAUAUUUCCCACCCAUGGUUAAUCCUCCAGCUUCACUUCAGCCAAGCCCAAACAGAUGGAGCAGCGUCGAUUCCAGUUUAGUCCAGUUCCCAGGUCCACAGAACCAGCCAUCGGAGGCCGUGAUGUUUGACUAUGCUGCGACCACACCAACAGUCUUCCCACAUACCUGUUCUCUCUGUUACAAAGAAUGCUUGCAUAUGAAGGAUUGGAUCUCCCACCAGAACAGCACCCUUCACCUCAACAGCUGCAAAUACGUCCGGACACUAUAUCCGCAGUGGAGUGGUGAGAUCGUACUCAAGCCCAGUGAUGCAGGGAAAGAUGCCACUCCCUCGACUUCGGCUUCUGGGCGGACUUCCCAAAGGCGUGACGAGAAAACCAGUGCAGGACGCCGCUCACGCUCGCCCAGCCCCCGUAGGCGCCACAGGCCGGAUAGUAGCAGAGAGAAACGCAGCCUAUCGCGAUCAUCACGUGGCUCCAGUUAUGGCCGAUCACCAAGGAGGAGAGGCGACAAACGGUCUUCACCAAGGAGAAGCAAGGAGAGACGGUCAUCACCAAGGAGGAGGAGUAAAGAGAGACAGUCAUCUCCAAGAAAGAGGAGUAAAGAGAGACAGUCAUCUCCAAGAAGGAGAAGAGCCGACCGACGGUCUUCACCAAGGAGGAGAGACGAGAGACGCUCCUCUGUGAGAAGGAGUCGUGAAAGACGAUCGUCCUCAGAGAGUUCCUCCGAGCGGAGGUCGAGCAGUGCAGACAGACUGGUGAAGAAAGUACUGGAAAAAUCAGAUGUGAAGUCUCUGUCCAAACCUUCUGACGUGGAGGCUGUGGUUAAAACUUUAUUCGCGGAGAUAGCCAAGCUGAAGUCCGCGUCAUCCUCCUCGUCAACCAAACGAGGAAAGACCUCAAAGUCUACUUCCUCCGCCGGGAGGAAGAGCUCGACCCCCGCUGCCUCGUCUUCAUCGUCCGCCUCAAAAGCAAAGAGGACGACAGCGAGGGAUGAUGAUACUAAGCAGAAGACAACUCCUCAGCAAGUCGUCACCAAAGACCAAACAGUUGCUGAAGGGUCGACCAAGGAAACCGGGGCAAAGGUCUCGGUGUCAGAAGCAACGAAGGUCUCAUCCCAGCAGGUCUCUAAAAAGCCAAGAUCCAAGCCAACUAAUGUCUCAGAAGUAACGGUCAAAGUGGAAGCAGCCUCAUCUUCACAGGAACCCAAAACCCCAGUGGACAACUUGGCUGAAACAAAAGGACGCGAUACAAAGGAUGCAAAAUCGAAGCUGAAGCCCAAAGCAGAAGGUGUCAGUGCCGAGGCAAAUCAAGCUGCAGGCGCUGAGCCGAUGGAGCUCGGGGAAACAGGAGGUGACGUGGCAGAGUCCCUGGAAAUAGAAAGUUGUGCUGAGGGCAAAGAGACAAAUGUGGAAGCUGUUUCCGACAAAUCCAGUGAGAGUGAACCACCGACCAGUAAAGAUGAGACUCCUUCUGUUCAAACAGCUGAUGAGAAGUCAUCACAGGUCCCAGAACCAGAGUCCACGGACCCGGAGUCCACAGAACGGUCUGUAGCUUCGGCGCUGGGCACCAAGAUGGAGGACCCACGACCUCCAAGCCCAACUGAACAGGGGGAGAGAAAUACAAAAGAUCCUGAAUCUGCGGAGGAGAACCAAAGGGAUCCAACAUCAGCAGCUGGAACAGGGAGCGAAAAGCCAGCGGCAGCCGCCAGACUCUCUUCAGAUGUGGUCCACGCUCUGACCAUCGGGGAGAAGUUGGAAGAGCACUUUCAUCCGAAUAAGAUCAAGUGCUUGUCUAAAGAGUCUGCCGUGUCACAGGAAUGCUGUAGGACGCUGUUGAUCUCCAACCUGCCGAAGUUUCACGAGGGCUGCUUCACAGAGGACGACGUGGCCGGUGUGUUCGUUCCUUUUGGAUUAGAAUCCUGGAGCGAAGAGAUCUAUGUUGUUCCUCAGGCGCGCGUUGCCUUUGUCGUGAUGCCGUCAGCGCUUAGUGUAGACAAAGUUCUGUCUGCCAGACCGGAUGUCUUUGCUAUGAAAGAGAAUAGACUGUUGUUGCAGGUCCUGGAACGCAAAGACAUGCAACCACUCAAUUGUCCGUUUCGGUUUUAUACAGCCCUGAUGAAGUGGAUGGAUACUCCGACGGAUGGUAACGGACACCGAACGGUCUUCAUCAGGAACAUUUCACCGAGCGAAGCCCGAGACCUCAGAGAGGCUUUGAGAAAAAUGGGGUCAAUCUCAAACUACCUGCCUCUGCUCAACAAGGUGUUUAUUGAAUUUGAAUCUGGCUUGGAAGCCGAUCGUCUUGGAAUUUGGUGCAGCCUCCUGAAACAGGCCCCGGGUUACACCCUGGUCCGGCUCAAAGCACCGUACAGCGAACGGACAGCACGCGCGCCAGAACAACCUGUGAAGGCUCUUCCACACAGCAAGGACGCUGCUGCCUGGGCAACUACCCCGUCUCAAAAUUAUGGCGUUCCACGAGGCAGCUGUUCACCUUUUUGGAUCACAAUGUCCACCAGUCCCUUUGUGUUCCCUACCAUGUGUCCUUGGUUCACGAUUCCAAAAUAUCAGACUGGCAGAGGAUAUGCCGACAUCAAUACGGCCAGCAGUCGACGUACCAUGUUCCCCACACUCAUGUUGACCGGUUUACCAGAAGGAGGCUACAGGCAGGAGGACGUCGCCAUGCUGGUCCGGCCUUAUUUCCCCAAACACUUUCGCCACUCUCUGUACUACAACGUGAUCGUGCUGACACUGCAGAGGAGGGCCUUCGUACAUUUCAGGGAUUGGACAUCGUGCUGCGAAUUUGUCAAAGAUCACAUCAGGAAGCCGGUUUCUGUCCGAGGCAUGGUUCUCAUGGUCCACUUUCUCCUGGAGGACAUGAAUCCUGAGUCAAAAGAGGAGCUCAUGUACAAAUCCUUGAUGAAAUGGAGCAACUCUCGUGUUCCAGAUGCCGAGUCUCUGGAGGAGCGGCUGCUCUGUGUGGAGAUCUCUCAGACCAGUGUCUACCUCAUCAAGAUGGUCAUGAAAACUGUGGCGUCCUUUGCUAAAUUUGUCAGCUUCCUGCCGCUCGCCAACAGGAUCUAUGUGGAGAUGGCUGACUCCAGUGGUGCAGCUCAGGUUCUGGAGAAGUACCGGGCUUUUACACCAAGCGCUCAAUGUGAGCGACUGAUGUUUGAAAAAGUCAUAGGCUUUCGAUCUCUGAAGAGCUUAGAGAAGCAUAUUGAAUCCUCCAGUGGGGCCUCUACUGAAGCCCGGCCUCCAAAGCCUGAACCAGCCGGUGAUGUCCCGAUGGAGGACGUUGAGAAACUAGGAGCAGAGAUGGCCAUCGAUUCAACACUUGCCCCAAAGGGAGAUGAAGAUGUAGAUGCUGCCGAUGGAGACACUGUCCCAGCUGCUUCCUCCGCCACAAGUCUGCCCAAAUCUAACGAGACCACCACAGAACAUCCUCCGAUCGACCAGGACGCCGUCACGGCCGUGCUGGCAGCGGUUCGCCAGCGCAGACUCGCCCUAGAAAGGACACAGAGAGGAGAGAGAGAGAGUUCUCUGCGAUCACAGAAUCAGGAUGAAGUUACAGACGUCGUAUUUACUUCAGAUGAUCAACCUUUAAACCUGAGUGACUUUGUCACUGUUGAUGAAGUUGGUGAGGAUGUGGAAGAAACAAAUCCAGCCCAUGAAGCUUCAAGGGGCCGAGGAGAUGCAAAGAAGAGGAAACGAGAAGAAAAAUCAGCUGAUGAGCAGAUCCCAAAAGAUGAAGACCAGCCUCGUAAAGUCUGUAGCAACAAACACAGUAAGGUUACUGAACAAGAAGCCUCUGAGAUAUUAAUAACUACAGAGUCUGAGUCUGACAACAAGAAACCUGACGCGACUUCUAGAAGAGAUGAUAGAUCCUCAAAGAGGAGUGGCCUGAGGACCAGAGCAUCCAAAAGUGAAGAGAAGGUCAAAUCACCACGAGACUCCAGUGCAAGACUUCCUCAAAGAGACCACGACCCUGAAGAGGAGAAGGUGUCGGAGAUGGUCCAUUCCACUGAAGAACUGGUUCAAGAAGCGGCCGCCACAGAAAGGACUGAUAGAAGAAGGAGUGGAAGAGGAAAGAAAGAGGACAAAAUGACUCUGAAUCUCACUGAAGCAUCUGAAAAAACAGAUGAAGCUGAGGAGGCUUCGUAUGAAAUCUUAGACUCUGUGGAGGACGAGACUGCGACUGAGGAACCGGUCAUUAUGACGAGAUCCACCAGAGGAAGAAGGGGAAGGACGACUCAGAAAGACCAAACAAAAAAAGAGGACACACCGACAAGGAGCAGGCGCACUCCUGCUAAAGAGUCACAGGAAAAAACUCUAGAGAUGGAGAAGGAAGCAUCUUCGAAGGAGGACUCUCCAACAAAGAAGAGCGACAUCACUGUAAGAGAGGAAAUAGAUGAGGAUGCGACCUAUGAAAUAUUAGAUUCUGUGGAGGACGAGGUUCUUCAGGAUGACCGGCCCCCUACAGGAGGGAAAAGGAAGAGGGGAAGACCAAAGAAAGCUGUUAAAUCAACUAGAAAAAAACCUGUAACACUGAAGGGCGACAAAGAUGCAUCUGAAGAAGAAGCUGGUGAAGAAAAGGUUUCGUGUCAGAUUGUAGAUUCUGUGGAGGAUGAGAUGGUUGAAGAUCAACCUCCCACAGAAGAGUCCCUCAAAGACAAGGAGGAGGAGCCUGUGCAUCAGAUUGUAGAUUCUGUGGAAGAUGAUCGAGUUCAGGAAGAGUUGAUGACCACUGAGGAGUCAAAAGAUGAAACUUGUCCAAAAGAGGAGGAAGCAGCUGUUCAAGAAGAUGCACCAACGUGUAGUACCAUUGUUCUGGAAGCAUCGGAAAAAGUGGUCGCAGAGGAUUUAGAAAGUGGAAAUGAUCCAUCUGCUGCAGAAGAGUCUGGUGUGGACGAGAAGGAAAGAUCCCUCAAAACAGACAUCAAGGAAGAAGACACAUCUACAACAAAGUCCCAAGGAGAGGCUGCAACUCCAGCAGAAGAGAAGAACCAACAAUCGUCCGGUGAAAGUGACACAACAGCUGUGCAGAGUGCUCUGCUGAACCUGGAUGAAGUGAAGGAUGAAAAGGACGAUUACUCUGAAGACACGGCCGAGGCGGAAGGAUUGAGAGAGAGGCAAGCUGCUGCCAAGGAGCAAGAGAGGGAAGCCAGGGAGGAAGAUGGAAAGGAGCAGGAGGUGGUGGUGGUGGACUCCACGGAGCUGGUGACUCUGGAUGAGGUGGGAGCAGAUGAGGCUGGAGAGGAGAUCCGGGCCGGAGAGCUGCAGGGUCUCGUCACUCUGGAUGAAACCAGAGACCCAGACGAGGGAGAAGUUGAGCAAAGCACGCUGGAGCCCCGCCCCCCCAUCAAAGAGGACCACGCAGUGGAGACUUUGGAUGAAGCAGUUGACGAUGAGGAAGCUGAGAAAACCACAAGUCCUGUUAAACGCAGAAUCAAUGACGACACAGAGGAGAGUGGGACGUUUGUGACGGUGGACGAGGUUGAAGAGGAGGGAAAAAAGGAAACUCCCAGAACAAGAGGCCGACCCAAGAAGAGAACCAGGAAGACGCCUGUGAGAAAAUCUACGAGAGGGAAGAAAGUGGUUGAACAAGUGGAAUCCGGCUCUGAUGCUCCACCGCCCACUUCUCUCGACGCCUCGUCGUCAUUGGACAAAGAUCCGUCAACGUUAUCAAGAGACCGCCAGCAAGAGAUCCAGAAGGCAUCGUUAGAAGGAGCAGGCCAUUCCUCCAUCGAUGCUGCCUCUGCUGGGCCGGACCUGCAGCCUGAGGCCCCUGAGAACCAGAGGCUGGACGGAGAGGAGGCGAUAGAGGCUUCUUCAGUUCCGAGCAAAAGGAAGAGGGAGCCUGUCGGACCUGAGGCAAAGAGAUCUCGUUCUCUCUCUCCGUCCGUGUCAACCGACUUCAAACUGCCACCGUUCAGCCCCAGCAACCCGCUCGGUCCGGAGUUUCUGGUCCCCAAACUGGGUUACUUCUGUAAUCUGUGCCACGUUUUCUGCGUGCACGAGAGCAGCGCCAGGGACACGCACUGCAGCAGCCAGACACACUACGACAAUCUGCAGAAACACUACGAGAAGCUUCAACCUGAACCAUCGAAAGGGUCGACGGGAAAUUCUCAAGCUUCCUUUUCUGACUGAUCCAGACUCCAGCUGCUGGUCUUUUUUAUAUAGUUUGUCCCAAGAAGAGACUUUUGGAGUUCUAUGGAAGCUGGAACUUUCUUCAAAAUCUUUCAUUUCACAUUGUUCCAGAUGAUCGGAGGUUUCCCUGGCGCUCUUUUAAUUUACAUGAAGCUGUUGCACCAUUUAACGGCACCUGACAACAGAAUUGGCGCCAACCAGCUGUUGAUAUUUACAUCUGUGAUGAAUUUAAAUGCCUAUUGAUUUACAUGUUACAUUGCGUUUCUGUUUUGUAAACGGGAUUAAAGUUUGGUCAUGGUAA